GUAAUGGUUCGAAUGAGUUUCCGUCUUUUUAUACCUCCUGUUACAAUGUAAGCUUUUCUUCCCCCCCUUUCCUGUUCGCAAAUGGGUGAGCCUGUCCCGUAGGUGGACCCCCGCACAUUCCAGGGCACGGCCGGGGGCGGGGCCCAUUCGCCCAAGUCCUUGUAGGGACAUCGCAGCGAGGGCUGCGCGGCCCACGUGACCCGCCCCCGCGGGGCCCCAGGCCGCCCGGCCCAGGCCUCUGGGCGGUCGUGCGCCUGCGCGCGGGACUAGCUCGGGGUCUGGGUCUCUGCCUGUGAGGCGUGUGGGUAGGAGGUUUUAUCUUGGCGUACAGUGCUGUGUUUUGAAGAGUCCAACCCCUUCCACACUGGAGCAAACCUUCGGAAGUCCCCAGGGCCUUAGCCAAACGACCACUAUCUUUUUGGCACAGACGGAUUUCAUGAGGUCACGAAUGAUGAAGACUUCCUCUCUCUUCAAAAACGUUUGCUGGUAUUUUUCCCACCAGAGCCCCGAUUGAUUAACAAGGAAAGACAGGAUCUGACUAGCAAGGAAGACAGGCGACCAGCAAGAGCUAUCAAAAUCUUGCCCCUGCCUCUCACUAUGAUGCAGACUUGUGGCUUGGUGAAAAUAGGAAUAAAAAGUCGGGCUUUUUUUUCCUCAGCUCUCCUUUCCUUGGACAGCUUCAAACAAUGCAUCUUGUUAAAGGAAAGCCCUCCCCAGUUCUGUCCUUAUCGGUCCAAAGUCUGGUGAGGAAGACUUUGGUGCAGGUUACGUCAACUCUCCUGAGCUCAACUACGGAAGGAGUGGAUUGGAUACGGUAACGCUCAGAUCAAACGAGCACUAAUAAGGUUCAUGCCUACUUUGGCUCAUGUGGCCAGAACAGUUUUGACAUUUGGGGUGGCCCCAUGGUCCUUGCCUCUGGCUUGAAUCACCCUGCUGAGAAGGAAGGUAAAAGCUGCUGAGUAAUAUGUUCUAAACAUUCAUAAACUAUAGUUUCAAGGACCUCAGGAGCAUUUAAUCUGUUAGCCGAUAGCAUAUUCCAAAGUUAACAUUGAGGUAAAAUCACUGAAAAAUAAAAAACUGACCCAAUUCUAUAGCGUGAGUGACGUGAAGAUGAUUAGUUUCCUCAACUGCCUUGAUAAUACGAAUCACUUGGGCUGCUGGUUAAAAAUACAAAAUACUGGUGCCUUAUCUCCAACCUAAUGAUUCAGAAUCUUCUAGAGCAAGUCCUUUGAAGCCAUCUAUUUAACUGGGGUCCUAAGUGACUCUUACCAUGUGGGGAUGCAGAACUAGACAGCUUAGGGCCUAAGACUUUUGCAGUGACAGGGCCAACUCCAGAUGGCUUGUGGUGGGGGACCACAGUUUGGUUUUGGAGUUUGACGUGUGCAGCAGUGUGAGCGCCCUGCGGUGUACUCACACCUCUACAGAGUGGUGGCCUGCCACCACUGAGAGCUGGAGCCUUCCAACUACUGUCAUUUUCUUUAACCCGCAAUGAAAUGUGUAGUUUAGUCUUCUCAGCUCAAAAGGAAGCAGCAGCGUUCUUUUGCUUCUAUACUGUCAGAUAAUUUUGUCUUCUUUCUUUCCGCUCAAUCAACAGGUAUUACACAGCAACUGCAUUUCCAAGCAGUGUGGUGCGUAUUGUGGUUUGUGUUACUUGAACUAGGACAUAGUUGCUACCUCUGGGAUAGAGGGAGGGGGAGUAGAAAGGGUUGCAAGGCACAGGGAGUAUCAGGGAACAGUUGUAAAAACAGAUCAUUGCAGUACAAUUAGGUAAGGCCUAUAGAAGGAACACAGAGAAGGAAAUAAACCUGUCUGGGAAUUUGUGGAAGCUGGCCCCUGGAGGUCUAUUAAAGAGCUGAUUCUAAAAGUCAAUGGGGAAGGGCACCUGGCUGGUUCAGUCGCCAGUACAUGUGACUCUUGAUCUGAGGUUAUAAGUUCCAGCUCCACAUUGGGCAUAGAGCUAACUUCAAAACUAAAAAUAAAAAGUUAGAAAAAAGUCAGUGGGAAAGGAGAGUAGAGAUUCCAAACAAAUGGAGGAGCAUGCUUGAUUGUCUGAAGGUGAUCAGAGGAAUUGGCUGAUUGAAGAUGAACAGGAAUUGAGUUGUCAGUGUCCAUUCAUUCAUUUAUUCAUUUCAUAAGUAACUCUGGGUAUACUAAGGUUAGCAAGCCAGUGUAGAAGAUAAAAAUCUUGAUAAAAUGUUUUUCAAAUUUCCAUCUAAUGUAUUGAUAUCUAGUUUUAAUGAUUGGAUGCACUGCCAAAGACUGAUGACUUCAUGAUGUCUCUGUUCUUCUGAACCACACCGGAGAUCUUUGCCCUUAGUCUCUGCAGCCACAGAGUGAUCCUUCUAAAAUAGAGAUUAGAUCAUGUCAUUGUUCUGCUCAACACCGUCCAAUGAUGUCUCACUUCGGAGUGAAAGCCAAAUGCCUGUAAGCCCCCAAAACAUCAGACUUGGGGAACUUUCACCAAUUGCUCAACCAUAUUGAUCAGACUGUUUCUUGAAAAAGGUUGAAUGCACACUCCGAAUAUGAAACAGGAAAAAUAAAUCUGUACCAAGUCAUGUCCCAGUGAAACUUCAAAACAUCAAGAGUAAAAGGAGAAUAGUACAAACUUCCAGAGAGAAAAGAGACUGGCUGCAAUAGAAACAACAGUUAAUCCAGCAGCGUGCUUUCCUCCAGCAAAAUACAUGCUGAAGGAAAAGAGACUCUAUUGUGUCUUGAGGACUUUCCAGUAGGGGUUAAUUCCACGGAAAUUAGUGCCUUGGGGCAAUAUCUGUUUUGCAGCCACCUCUCCACAACCACAUCGGAGCGUUUCCACCACCAUCACUCCUUUGAACACGGGUCUCCUGGUUCUCUCCAGGGCACACCAUGUCUCUGUCCUAUUAUCAGAAGCUCCACCAACACUAUGACAGCAGUUACCGAAACAGGGACCUUCGCACCACCAUGAGCCAGUAUCAGCAGGAGAAGAAAAGUUCUGCCAUCUACACCCACGGCUCAGCAGCCUACAGCAGCCGCUCCUCUGCUGCUCACCGCCAGGAAUCCGAGGCCUUCAGCCAGGCGUCCACUGCCUCGUACCAGCAGCAGGCCUCCCGGGCCACUGAAUCCACCCAUGCAUUCGCAGCCAGUCGGAAGACAGCCUCAGCCUACGAUUAUGGCUACUCCCACGGACUUACAGAUUCCAGUCUGAUGUUAGAAGAUUAUUCAUCCAAGUUGAGCCCCCAAGCAAAGAGAGCCAAGAAGAGCCUUGUCUCCGGGGAGGAGAAGGAAAAUCUACCGAGUGACUAUGUAGUGCCCAUUUUCUCAGGACGCCAAGUGCAUGUCAGUGGAAUUACAGAUACGGAAGAAGAAAGAAUUAAAGAAGCUGCUGCUUACAUAGCCCAGAGGAAUCUUCUUGCUAGUGAAGAGGGAAUCACAGCAUCCAAACAGUCCGCUGUAUCCAAACAGUCCGCUGUAUCCAAGCAGUCUGCUGUAUCCAAACAGUCCGCUGUAUCCAAACAGUCUGCUGUAUCCAAGCAAUCUGCUGUAUCCAAGCAAUCUGCUGUAUCCAAACAGUCCUCAGCAUCCAAACAGUCUACAUCCACUCUUCACCAGGAGGAAGCUUUUGAGAAGAAGUCAAGGAAAGUAGCAAUUCGAGAGAAGGCCGAACGCCUGUCGCUGACAAAAACAUUAGAAGAAACCGAGGCAUUUCAUAGAAAGUUGAAUGAAGAUCAUCUUCUCCAUGCUCCUGAAUUUGUUAUUAAACCUCGUUCCCACACUGUUUGGGAGAAAGAAAAUGUAAAAUUACAUUGCUCUGUAUCCGGCUGGCCAGAACCUCGUGUCACAUGGUAUAAAAACCAGGUGCCAAUCAACAUCCACGCAAACCCUGGAAAAUACAUCAUUGAGAGUCGAUAUGGAAUGCACACUCUGGAGAUCAAUGCGUGUGAUUUUGAAGACACUGCUCAGUACCGGGCCUCAGCGAUGAACGUUAAAGGGGAGCUUUCAGCAUAUGCUUCAGUCGUGGUAAAGAGAUAUAAGGGAGAGUUUGAUGAGACUCGCUUCCAUGCUGGGGUUUCCACCCUGCCCCUCAGCUUUGCUGUGACCCCUUAUGGCUAUGCAUCCAAGUUUGAGAUCCACUUUGAUGACAAGUUUGAUGUGUCUUUUGGAAGAGAAGGCGAGACAAUGAGUCUAGGCUGCCGUGUAGUUAUCACUCCUGAAAUUAAGCAUUUCCAGCCAGAGAUCCAGUGGUAUCGGAAUGGAGCACCUGUUUCUCCAUCCAAAUGGGUGCAAACACUUUGGAGCGGAGAUCGAGCAACGCUGACAUUUUCACAUCUCAACAAAGAAGAUGAAGGCCUUUACACAAUCCGUGUACGAAUGGGAGAAUAUUAUGAACAAUAUAGCGCUUAUGUCUUUGUUCGAGACGCUGAUGCAGAGAUUGAAGGAGCUCCAGCCUCUCCCUUGGACGUGGUGUGCUUGGAUGCCAACAAAGAUUAUAUCAUCAUCUCUUGGAAACAGCCAGCUGUGGAUGGAGGGAGUCCUAUUCUGGGCUAUUUUAUUGAUAAGUGUGAGGUGGGCACAGAUAGCUGGUCUCAGUGCAAUGAUACACCUGUGAAGUUUGCCCGUUUUCCAGUCACUGGGUUGAUAGAAGGUCGUUCUUACAUAUUCCGAGUUCGAGCUGUGAAUAAAAAUGGAAUAGGUCUACCAUCUAGAGUUUCUGAGCCUGUGGCUGCUCUGGAUCCAGCUGAGAAAGCUAGACUUAAAAGUCGCCCUUCACCACCCUGGACUGGACAGAUCAUUGUUACUGAAGAGGAACCUACAGAGGGUAUUGUUCCCGGGCCCCCCACAGACCUCUGUGUCACAGAGGCCACCCGGAGCUAUGUGGUGCUAAGUUGGAAGCCCCCUGGCCAGCGUGGACAUGAGGGCAUUCUGUACUUUGUGGAAAAGUGUGAUGCAGGAACAGAAAACUGGCAGCGCGUGAACACAGAGCUCCCUGUGAAGUCUCCCCGUUUUGCUCUGUUCGACUUGGCUGAAGGGAAAUCCUACCGUUUCCGCGUCCGCUGUUCUAACUCAGCAGGAGUUGGUGAGCCCUCAGAGGCAACGGAAGUGACUGUGGUAGGGGACAAACUUGAUAUCCCCAAGCCCCCAGGCAAAAUCAUCCCAAGCAGAAAUACAGACACAUCAGUGAUAGUUUCGUGGGAGGAAUCCAAAGAUGCUAAGGAGCUGGUCGGGUACUACAUAGAGGCAAGCGUUGUUGGCUCUGGCAAGUGGGAACCCUGCAACAACAACCCUGUGAAGGGCCCACGAUUUACUUGCCAUGGAUUGGUGACUGGUCAGAGUUAUAUCUUCCGGGUCAGAGCAGUGAAUGCAGCUGGACUUAGUGAAUAUUCACAGGAUUCAGAAGCGAUUGAAGUAAAAGCUGCUAUUGGGGGAGGAGUGUCUCCAGAUGUGUGGCCUGAACUGAAUGAUACACCUGGUGGACUAACAGACUCCAGUGGAGGCAUGCAUGAAGCCUCCCAGCCAACCUUUAAGAAAGAUGCUUUGCUUGGUAGCAAACUUAACAAACCUUCACUACCCAGUAGCGCUCACAACCUGGGCCAAACAGAAGUGAGUAAAGUAAGUGAAACAGUUCAGGAAGAGCUUACUCCAUCACCAAAGAAGGCAGAUCUUAAGGGGAAAAGUAAGUCUGACCCUCUGAAAAAGAAGAAGGACAUAGCGGCACCAUCUCCACCCUGUGAUAUCACUUGUCUUGAAAGUUUUCGUGACUCAAUGGUUCUUGGAUGGAAGCAGCCGGAUAAGACUGGAGGGGCUGAAAUUACUGGCUAUUAUGUGAACUAUCGCGAGGUAAUUGACGGAGUACCAGGAAGAUGGAGAGAAGCUAACAUCAAAGCUGUCAGUGAUGAGGCAUAUAAGAUUAGCAACUUGAAGGAAAACAUGGUAUAUCAGUUUCAAGUGGCAGCCAUGAACAUCGCUGGGUUGGGAGAGCCUUCAGCAGUAAGUCAAUGCUUCAAAUGUGAAGAGUGGACCAUUGCUGUUCCAGGACCCCCACACAAUGUCAAAUAUAGUGAAGUCAGGAAAACCUCCUUGGUUCUGCAGUGGAAGCCUCCGAUCCACUCUGGAAGGACUCCAGUCACUGGUUACUUUGUGGACUUGAAGGAGGCCCAUGCCAAAGAUGACCAAUGGCGAGGACUCAAUAAAGCAGCUAUUAAAAACACGUACCUGAGGGUACAAGGCCUCAAGGAGGGCGUCAGCUACGUGCUCCGUGUCCGAGCCGUCAACCAGGCGGGUGUUGGCAAGCCAUCAGACCUUGCUGGGCCAGUUGUGGCAGAAACCCGUCCAGGAACCAAAGAGGUUGUUGUAAACGUGGAUGAUGAUGGAGUAAUUUCAUUGAACUUUGAGUGUGAUCAGAUGGCUCCAAAUUCUCAGUUCAACUGGUCCAAAGAUUAUGUAUCCACUGAGGACUCUCCACGAUUAGAGGUUGAAAGCAAAGGCAACAAGACAAAAAUGACCUUCAAGGACCUGGGGACGGAAGACUUGGGCAUUUACUCCUGCGAUGUAACAGACACUGAUGGAAUAGGGUCAAGCUACUUGAUUGAUGAGGAAGAGCUGAAACGUUUACUAGCUCUCAGCCAAGAACACAAGUUCCCAACUGUUCCAAUUAAGUCAGAGUUGGCAGUUGAAAUUUUGGAGAAAGGCCAGGUCCGGUUUUGGAUGCAGGCUGAGAAGCUGUCUGGCAACACCAAAGUCAGCUACAUAUUUAACGACAAGGAGAUUUUUGAAGGGCCGAAAUAUAAGAUGCAUAUUGACCGAAACACUGGCAUAAUUGAAAUGUUCAUGGAAAAGCUACAGGAUGAGGACGAGGGAACAUAUACUUUCCAGCUUCAAGAUGGAAAAGCAACUGGCCAUUCUACUCUUGUUCUCAUUGGAGAUGUUUAUAAAAAGCUCCAGAAAGAAGCCGAAUUCCAGCGGCAAGAAUGGAUCAGGAAACAAGGUCCUCAUUUUGCUGAGUAUUUGAGCUGGGAAGUGACUGGUGAAUGUAAUGUGCUAUUGAAAUGCAAGGUAGCAAAUAUUAAGAAGGAGACUCAUAUUGUGUGGUACAAAGAUGAGAGAGAGAUAUCAGUGGAUGAAAAGCAUGACUUUAAGGAUGGUAUAUGUACUCUGCUUAUAACAGAGUUUUCCAAGAAAGAUGCUGGGAUUUAUGAAGUUAUCCUGAAAGACGACAGAGGAAAAGAUAAGAGCAGAUUGAAGCUUGUGGAUGAAGCCUUUAAAGAACUGAUGACUGAAGUAUGUAAAAGAAUAGCUUUGUCUGCUACAGACCUGAAAAUCCAGAGCACAGCUGAGGGCAUCCGGCUAUACUCUUCUGUUACUUACUACCUGGACGAUCUGAAAGUUAACUGGUCCCACAACGGGACUCCUGUUAAGUACACAGACAGAGUUAAGAGUGGGGUCACCGGGGAGCAGAUCUGGCUGCAAAUCAAUGAGCCCACUCCGAAUGACAAAGGGAAAUAUGUAAUGGAGCUCUUUGAUGGCAAAACUGGACACCAGAAGACAGUGGAUCUUUCUGGACAAGCAUAUGACGAAGCCUUUGCUGAAUUCCAGAGAUUAAAACAAGCUGCCAUUGCUGAGAAAAAUCGCGCCCGAGUGGUGGGUGGUCUCCCCGAUGUGGUCACCAUCCAGGAAGGCAAGGCACUUAAUCUCACCUGCAUCGUGUGGGGUGACCCGACUCCAGAGGUUUCCUGGUUAAAGAACGAGAAGCCGCUGGUCCCAGAUGACCACUGUAGUGUCAAGUUCGAGGCCGGCAAGACUGCCUACUUCACUGUCAGUGGGGUGAGCACCGCCGACUCGGGCAAAUAUGGGCUGGUUGUGAAGAACAAGUAUGGCUCAGAGAUAAGCGACUUCACUAUCAGUGUGUUCAUCCCGGAGGAGGAGGCAAGGAAGGCCACUGAGCAGGCCCGGAAAGGCAACAAGAAAGCCAAGUGACCAGCGACCGCCAGAAGGCUACGCGAGGGGAGCUGUGCUGAGCUGCCUUGUAUAACUUGUGUGUGAAUGGCUUGGGUUAAGUGUAAGGAAGUCUUCCUGCUUUCUACUCCCUAUUUUUGUGCUGGCUUGGGACAAAAUUAUAAAAUCUCUAAUUCAUGUAAAAAAGCAUCAGCUAACAAUGUUUUAAUAGUUUUUCUUUAUCUACAAAUUCUGUGUUAAGAAAAUGCCACUGAUAGCACAAAUAUUAGGAAACCAUUUUAAGGAAAAGAUCAGAAUAAAGUCAGAGGGACGUUGAGUGAUGGUCAGAGAGCAGAAGAAUGUGUUGUGGAGCAGUGUUUGGACUUGGCUAGACUUUUCCCAGGAAAUUCUCAUGGGUUGCGAUCAUACUUCAGCAUCCUGUCAAGACGGGGACGAAUUGUUAAGCCGGCCGGUAUGUUUUGUGUGUUGUUAAUGAUAGUGAUGUGCAUUUCUAUUGGUGGUCUUGUGAUCUGGAGCCUCCUCAGUAUUAAUAAACAGCCCUCACACCUCUCCUCUUUCCCGUCA